CCCCCCCCCCAUGUAUUACAGUGGACGGGAAGUCACGUGACUCAGUUCGCGCCUUCACCCGCAUGUUCAUCGCUGUCCCGGCCGGCAACACCGGGCUGUGCAUCGUUAACGACGAGCUGUUUGUGCGCAACGCAACGGCUGACGAGUUACGUAAGGCCUUUGUGAUGCCGGCGCCCACCCCGUCGUCCAGCCCCGUCCCCUCAUUGGCUGCCGAGCAGCAGGAGAUGCUGGCGGCGUUCGCCAUGCAGUCCGGGAUGAACCUCGAGUGGUCACAGAAGUGCCUGCAGGACAACGACUGGGACUAUGGCCGGGCCGGGCAGGUCUUCACACAGCUCAAGCUGGAAGGGAAGAUCCCGGAAGUGGCGUUCCUCAAGUAAAUGGGGAGGGGGGUGAAGUUACUUCCGGUCCCCCCUCCCCCCCACACACACACACACUUCCGGUUCCGGUCGAAGAGUUUUAUUUCCGGUUCCCCCUUCCCCCACAACUUCCGGUUUUUCGUUCUUGUGUUUUUGUAUAUAAUUAAAAGUCGUUUCAAGUCC